UUUUCGUUGCAUUGUACUUAACGUUUGAGGGCAAAUAGGAGCAACUGUUGUAGCUUAGUAGAUCCUCUUAUCUAGAGCCUUUGAGGAGGACCCAGUUAAACCUGUGCAAAAAUAACGCACAAUUACUAUACAAUUCCGCAAACUUGUGCAGCAUUGUACAGUUCUUCCCAGUGCCGUGGCCCUCAACCCGGACAGCUAACCAGGGCGUCUGUCUGAGUCAGAAUACACUCUGCUCCUCUCCAGAGUCCAGGCUCAUGCAAGGCAAAAAGUAAUCACUGCAAAACUCAUCACUGGCUUUUGAAGCACUACUAGUACUGGAAAUCUUGAACUGUGCAUUUCUCAUCAAGGAAUAAACCUACAGCCGAUAAAGGAAAUAAAGGACAGAAUUCAACAUGUCUCAGGAUGAGAGAGCCAAGCAAAUCCUAAAGGGAUUCAAACUGAACUGGAUGAACCUCCGAGAUGCAGAAACUGGGAAAAUUCUAUGGCAGGGUACAGAGGACCUGUCAUUUCCAGGGGUUGAACACGAAGCUCGUGUACCAAAGAAAAUUUUGAAGUGCAAAGCUGUUUCUAGGGAGCUAAAUUUCUCUUCUGCAGAACAGAUGGAGAAAUUCAGACUGGAACAGAAAGUAUACUUCAAAGGACAAUGUCUAGAAGAGUGGUUCUUUGACUUUGGUUUUGUGAUCCCCAAUUCCAUGAACACCUGGCAGUCCCUAAUAGAGGCCGCUCCAGAAUCACAGAUGAUGCCAGCUAAUGUUUUAACUGGUAAUGUUGUCAUAGAAACCAAGUUCUUCGAUGAUGACCUCCUCGUUAGUACUUCCAGAGUUAGACUCUUCUAUGUUUGAAGGUGGAUUUUUUGGUUUUGCUAAUUUUACACAUUUAUCCUGCUCAUCUAUUAAGACACUGUAUUGGGUGCUACAGACUUAUGUGAAAUCAGAAGAUACACUUUAUGUCAUUAGACAUACAGAAGAUUGUACUUUGUUCUAAAUCUAGCCCAGCCUCGGAGAGACCAUAGCAAUCAAGGCAUGAGUUUGGACCUUGCUUUGUACACGGCACUUCUUCAUCACUCUAAACAUGAAGUGGCAGCACUGCACUCUAAUAUCUGCCCUUUACACUUGCAAUAUGCAGGUACUUUCGGCUUGCUUAUGUUUACAGGCAGCUCCCAGAAUUACGGAGAUUGCAGACACCACAAAAAGUUGUAGUAUUUUUCACUUUUGUCUUGUGGUGUCUGUAGAUGUUAUAUGUAAACAAGUUCUGCCAUUUAGAGUGUCCACUUUUGGACAGAAUGAUCUGAUUCAAGGGCCUCCGUGACCGCAUUUUUAUUAAGAAGCUAAUCUGAUACUUUAAGCUAGACUUAAAUCACAACUUUUGGGUUCUAACUCACAACUGUGGCCCUCUUAGCUCAAAACAAUGUUAGAGAUAUUAGUAAUCACUAUCCUCCUGCUCUAGUAAUAUCCACAAAUAACCAUUUAAUAGCCUUUAGACUGAGCCCUCUGUCUAUGGAUUUAGGAACAACUAGGAGAGUAGUUUCCCUCAAUAUCAGUAUGUGUAUACAGCCUUUUUAUUCCGCAGAAUUUAUACAUUCUUUAUAGCUUUAAUGUGACCAAACAAGCCUUGGUGCCCCAUGCAAUUAAACAUUUCCUAACUAGCUUCAGUGAUCAUUACUUUGGGAGACCAAGAGCUUUUUGUGAUUGUUACAAACAAGCAAUAAAUAGGUGUUAGAAAAACAUAACACAGUGGUGCCUGAGAUCAAAAAACUUCUUAGGAUUUCUUCAUUUUAUUAUUAUUAAAAUGGAACUGGCCUAUGUUUACUUUAUAAAGAAGUGAGUUACAAGCAGAUCCUGGUCUGCACAUUCACAGUCUUCUACAGUCCUUGCUUUAAUAAGAUAAAUACAUUUAAUGUGGAUAACUACUGAUAUUUUAAAUGGUUGUGCACAUGAAUAUAUACCACGUUUUAUGUUUCGGGUUUAUCUUUUUUUUUCAGUUUCCCCUAAAUAGAUAGAAAAAAAACAUGGAUUAAAAGGAAACUAUAGGUUAGAUACUAGCUGCUUCUGCCUGAAAUGGUCUAUAAGACACACCACUCCACCAGAGAGUAGUAAUGAGCAUAACUUAUUUUAGAUGUUAUCUGCAUUGUUUUAGAAAAUUAAAAAUAACUUUUAUGCCCUUUUCUACAAAGAGGAGGGCUAUAGUAAUAAGUCAAAUCAAUGGUGAGAUCUUUCUGGCAUAAAUACUUCAUACUAAGAGAAUGUGGCUGUGGCUUUCUACUUUUAAUCAGCACCACACAUAUCUCUUACCUCUGCUUUUACAUAGAUUUAUCUAUAUAUGAAAUGUGGACUUGAUAAUACAACAGUAAUGAUACCUGGGCCAUUCCCCUUUUUAGCCUAAGUCCAGGCUAUAGUCGGGGAAGAACCACAAUCCAUUUCCUUUCUUUAGUUCUGGAAAAUAUAAUGUUGAUUAAAUGCCUGUGUCACAGCCCUUAUAAAUGCUCAAAUUACCAUUGCAAAUUACAGCCCCCCUAAAACCAAGGAUGCUCCCAAUACAUUUGUUCCCCACAUGAUGGAGUUUUUAAAGAAAAAAAGAAAAUAAUAUUGGCUUAUAGAAUAAGAGUAGAACUCCACGGGCGAUUUUACCUGCAAUACCUUCCGAUCCAACGCUAUGAGACUAAUCGCAGUCGUCAUGUUGGAUGCGGCGAAUCUAAUGUAAGUAAUACAAAUGUUGCACAUAGAAGCUGAUUGCAUCCGAAGUCGGCGCAUCCAGAACGGAAGGUAUCGCAGGUAAAAUCGCCCGUGGAGUUCUAUCCCAAGACUUGGAUUCGGUUUGGUAAUUGGGUGGGGCUCUUGGUGCAUUCCUACCUAACACAGUUACAGCAGAGAUAGCUUAAAUUCUGUGUGACAGAAAUAUUCAUGAAAGUUAUUAACUGUUCUUUUUUUUUUAUUGCUGCUAAGAAUUGAAUUCUGACAUCUAGGGUGUGGUUGCUGGAUUUGUAAGAUUAACUGUGCUGCAACAUCUUACGAAUAAUUUUAGGUGUGUUUUCAGGCAUGAACCAUGUACUGCAGUCACUCAUCCCAAAUCUCUGGCCAUCUGAAUGCCCUUAAACGUAGGCACAUUUGCAUAUCAUUCUAUUGAAUGAGUCACUCCAUGUAAAUAAGUCCAUUAUGUCACUACCAAUGUGCCCAGAAGGAAUGUUCUUGUUAUGCAGCAAUGUUUUUAUAGUUCUAUGUAAUUGCAAUUAAAAGCAGUAUACAGUAUGUUUGUCCUUUUUCCUAUUCUCUGCAAGAGGCAAAAGGAAAUUGAAGAUAAUUAGCUUCUGCUAAACGUUGGAACCAGCGGUGCAGAAAGAAAUAACAAAUACUGCUUUCAUGUAAUCACAUUAAAGGCUAUUACACACAGGCGGUUUUACCUGUGCUCCCCUUCGUUUCGCUUUCUUCUGUUUAGCCGUAGGAGUAGACGCACUCAAUUAUUGUCAAGGGUGCUGUAAUCACACAGACGCAUGUAAGCGGCAAAUGCAGGUUGGGACGCAGAAUGUUGCAUUUCACCUGCGUUCGGCGCAUACAUGCAUCUGUGUGAGUGUGCACAGCAAGGACUCCCAGUGCAAUCUGCAUUUAAAAAUCUAGCACACAGUGCAGUGCUCUUUGGUGCAAGGCACCCUCUGACACUCCUUAGCCCAUGAAAUGAAUACAGUGUUGGACUGGGACACUAGGGGCCCACACAAAAGCCUUAGACCCAGGGCCCACCAAAAUAACCUUAGUACUGAGAGUGGGCCCCUGGUCUAUUAUUCUUCCUCUCCUCACUCAACCUCUAGUCUCCUAGUCUCUUUUCUUUACAUACUAUAAUUGAUUAUUCCAUCUAUUUAGCCUCUUUUUCUCAUAGAAAUAGGGAAUGACUAGGAAAUCGGCUAAAUGUUUAGCAGCAAAAGGGCCCACUGACACCUGGGCCCACCGGGACUUUUCCUGGUAUCCCUGUGGGCCAGUCCGACACUGAAUGAAUAAAGUGUGAGCUAUUGGCAUUCCAGGAGAUACUCAUGUGCUACCCAUCCCUUUCACACUCUGAAUGCAACACACAAGGAAAAACUUUCUGCUUUAUCUCAGGGUGCAACAAGCAGAGCGAAGUUCAGAAACAAGGCACUUAGUGAUGUGCCUUAAUGAGAACCAUAGCCUUUUCUCUGCAUGUACCAGUAUCAUUUAAAGGGACAGCUUCAGGCACUUCCAUGCUUUCCAUUCUUUCUAGAGUUUUCUUGUAAGCCAGGAGUAAACAUUGGAAUAGCUGGGCACCCUUGUUGUUACAGUGUGGGCAGACAAAAUGCUGGAGUGCUGAGCGAUUGUGUAAGGCAGAAUGUUUAACCAAGAGCCCUUCAGUUCUGUAUUGUCACUUGUACAGGAUCAGUUCAUUCCUUUAAAGUCACCACUCAGUUCAUUCCUUUAAAGUCACCACUGUGUUUCUAUACCUUGGUUACCUGGAACUGGUGUAUCAGGAAACACAUUGAUGAUACCAAAUAUUACGUAUCACAUGUUAAAACAAACACUGACCUUUAUAUCACAUUUUCUUGCACUGCAAUAUGUUCAAGAUGUUAUUCCUUAAAAUUAGUCAUUUUGUCUUAUAACUACCUGUAAUAAAGCCAAUUUAUUAUCAGACUAA